GGAGGGGGCCGAAAUCCCCUUGCCUGCGCCAUGUAUCGCGAUCCGCCUUCCCGACGCGUUGACUAGCCAGAAUUUUCCAAUCGGCUGAAAAUCGUUUCGACGGAAAAAUCGUCGGCUGAGUCUCGACCUGUUCGACGGUGUUCGUUUUGUUUCUUCUGCGGCUGAUUUUCGCCCCGGGUCGCGAUUUAAAAAGCCAUGGGCCUUUAUUCGACCUCCCGUUUAAAACCUCCCUUGUUUCCGAGAGUAAUCGUUUUCCCGUGCGAAGGUACUUUCAUUUAGGAAAACAAACAUCCCUCCGCUCGCCCCCUCGCCUACGAUAAACCUCAUAAACAGAAAUUCAUAUGAAGUUGUGCGUUUGUCUGUUUUGCAGAAAACCGUGCUAACCUAAAACCGCGGACCAGCUCAUGUCAACGUUUUGAUCUCGUCUUUAUGCUGCCGGCCCGUCGAACAUGAACUCGACCGAAGGAGGAGAGGUUGGAGCUAUAGUAACAGACGUGGGUCAGGAGGUGGGUGAUAUCAGUUUGGAGAUUUUCCAAAAGGAUGGCGAAGGACAGGCACCUCCUCAUGUCGAACCCGAGCAGAUUUCUACAGACACGCAACCGGAAAAGCCCAUGGAGGUAGAAGAGGAAUUACCCAAGGGCCUACAGAUCGUACCGACGAUGAGUGAGGGGUCCAAGCCUGACUUGCUUGAGAAUGAUCUCAUCCUCUCGGAAGUCAAGGAGCAGGUGUUGAAAGAAGUCGAGGAGAUGAAGGACAUGCCGAACCUCGAUUCAUCGGCUGUUAGCACAGUUGACAUUGAGAAUCUGCUUGAACCAAAGGAUCUCCCGCUCCCGCUCCCUCAAGAUGAUUUGAAACCAAUCAUCACAAAUGUCGAGCUCGGCCCUGUACAUGACUUACAGCCUGAGCCUGAAGUCACGCCAGGGCAUGAGCCUGAGCAAGAAAAUGAGCAUGAGCACGAAACUGAAACUGAAUCUGAAGUGCCUGAAGAAUCCAACCCUCAAGUCAACAUGGAAGACAUGAAAGUUGCACAAGAAGAACUCAGGGUGCUUGACAUCUUAGUUUGUGGAUCAUGUCACCAAGUUGUACAUUUUGUGGAUGCUUUUGUAAUGCACAAGCCGAUUUGUAAGGGAAAGUCGAAUUUCCAUGGGAACAUUGCCGAGACAAAAUCGCAAGUCUGGGCUUUCCUCCUCUGGAAAAAUGCACAGAGUAAAUUAAGUCAAAAGACCGGAACUCCAUCUACGGAAAGUUCAUGGAAGUUGUACCAGAAAUGGUGCAAAAUGCCUUCACGGAUAAGAGAAGCCUGGGUCGCCGCAGGGGAGACGGUGAUGAAUUUCAGCACCUUCGGCUAUUCAAAAACAGGAGAAUCUGUCUUGAAGACACCUAUCAAAAAACCAGGGGAAAAUCAGAAAUCCGACAUUAUGGAAACAAAUGAAGAAGACGGAAGGAAGCCUGUUGUUAUGAGAAAACUCGUCCAGAGAGAUCCAGCAGGAGAGAUAAAAGAGAUCAGGCCAACUGCACCCUCAAACAACAAAAAAAUACACGAAGAUAUAGAAAAUAUAAGGAACCAACUGGAGGAUGGUGACAGUUCUCAAGACAAACUUACAGAUUUGGAUUCCUUUGAAGCUGAAGCUCCAAGAAUCAGCUUCCAAAAAUUCCUGAGGGUUAAGCCUUCCACCAAGGAGGGCGUCAUUGGAAUGGACACAGUUCAAGAGGAGGAGUUUGUAGUAGAAAAGAUAGUAUCGAGGCGAUUCAAUCCAAGGAAGAAGCAAUACGAGUACCUGUUGAAAUGGGAAGGCUAUCCGUCUGAACAAAAUACCUGGGAACCUGCAGAAAAUUUGGAAGCAUGCCAGCACUUGUUAAAGGCGUUUGAAGAAAGCCUUUCAAAGCAGUCUGCAUCCAAGCCAGCCAGUAAGCCUACAAAUGUGGCUGUAGCGAAAAAGACUGAAGUGACUCAGCAGCAACCCGGGCCCAGUGGAUUAAAUUCAUUCGGGCGGCCUGUACGUUACAGUAAACAGAAAGCUUUAAAUCAGGUUAAGGCAUGGUGUGGGUCUAUUAAACCUGACGAUGCUGAACUUGAAACAUUAAAACGGAGAGCUCCAGUUACAGAUUCUGAAGAUGAGGAUGACGGUGUAUUAAAGAGGCUGAAGAGCGAGUUCGAAACGGACAGUGAAGACAGCUUAGGAGGCCGCAUAUAUUACAAUAAAGCCGGCGGCAUGAGUGGAAUUAUCAAAAAGUCAGCUAGAGGCAGAGGAGCAGGUUACAAUCGAAACAGAAUCGUACAGAAUGGAACAUCCAACCCGGAUAACCUAGCAGCCGUCCUAGGCCUCGAAUCUAGUGGUGACGAGGCGGAUGGGAAAAAAUUGGCGCUGGAAAUGCUAAAUAGGAAAUCUCUGGAGAAGAGGGUGUCCUCGCUUAGUCCUGCUAACCAACAAGUAUUGGUAGCAAAUGCAAAAGGAGUUGUCAAAGUCGACCCAUCCCAGGUUCCAAACUUGUCUUCUGGAGUUUAUAUAAUGUCCAAUAAGUCAGGCAUAAUCAAGUUGGACUCCGUCUCACCCUCGAAAGCCCUUUCACUUAAGCAAGGCCCAGUCAAAGAAGUGACGGCGAUAGCGCCCAAGCCUGCCAUGACAUCCACGAUCACCUCCGGUAGUGUGGUAAUGCUGAAUAAGCAAAACCAGAACACGACGGGUAUCCAGAGGACAGGCAUCUUACGUAAAAACACUCUUACAAACAUGGGCCGAGGAGGCAACUCGAACACUGUCAUCCAAAGAGGCAUUGGAAGGCCCUCGCGGCCACCAGGCAACAUCAAAAUUACAAAUCCAAAUACAAGUGGGUCUGCUGCUGCAAGGUCUAAUGUGAACGUGACACCGUCAGUGAAGCCGAAAUUACCGUUGAAGACGACAGUUACCCAAGAGCCACAGAAAAAAGCUUUGGAAAUAGAAAGGCGAGUGUUGGGAAGUAAAAUUGGUAGGGGCGGUUUUCCGGCGAGAGGCGGUUUUAAGGGAAGGGGUGGCAUCACCAUCGGUGGCCCACCCAAUAACUCAAUCUCAGAUACUGAUAGUAUCGGAAGCAAAGGGAAGGACAAAGACGCGGAUAGUAUAUUCAGGGAUAUGGCCCAGGAGUCUCAGUCGUCUGAUUCUGACCCCGGCAUCCCAGACGAUUUCCCAGCGGAUCUCCCUCCCAUUGAACCCGAAAGUCCCCCUAGGCCACUUACACUUUGCCCCGAAACAGGCAAAGUACUAUCGAAGGCGGAAGGAGAGAGGACGCCCGAGCCGACUCCCCCGCCUUCGCCAGUCGUGAUCAAGCAGGAGGAACCCGAAAAGCCCUCUACGUUGAUCAAGCAGAAGGAAGAUCAGCCUUUCUUGUCCAGAGUGAACAGCACGAAGGAUAACACAAUACUCAAAAAAACACUGGGGAGACCUGGGACGACUGGCUCUAUUGUUAUAUCACCUAAGAAAUCUAUACAGGAAGAAGAAGACAAUGACAGUGAGUUUGUGACCAUUACAGGGGAAGAUGGACUUCUUUAUAAAGUAUCGAAGGCGGAGUUGAACAAUACUCUUCUUGUUUCUGGAGAAGACGGCCAACAAUGCGUUUAUGUGACAACAGGAGAAAAUGGAGAUGAAAACGCAGCAGUGUUAGCACUUGGUUCCACCUAUUCUGACACAGUCGCCCAGCUGGAAGGGGUGAACAUAUUGGGCACGGAAGGUGAAGAAACACAGUUUUACGUCAAGGAAAGUGAAGAUGGCGAACUUCUUAGCCUUGAAGUACAAGGCCAAGACGGCAGCGAAGACGGGCAGUCACAGCUUGUUGCCCAACUGGUCGAAGCCGGUGAACCUGCACCAGGAGGUGGUCCAAGGAGAGUUGUUCUUCUGCUACCAGACGGAAACCUCAUGAUGACAGAAGUCGAUGAAGAGCAAUACGCUGCUCUAGAAUUGGACAAAUUUCAGACGACAACAGAAAUGGAAUAGGUUUCAACAUAUAUCUAUGUUUUUACCUUUUAAGGAGAGCAGCUUUCUCAUAUUUGGGGUGUAAAUAGUCUUAUAAAUUAAUUGUUAACUUAUUAACGGUUGUAUAUAAUAAGAAAGUUUUUAAAUAUGUUAUAUGGAUGUAGCCUGUGGGAAUUUCAUGGGAAGAUCAAGAACAUAGGUUCAAUUUAUUUUUAAUAAAUAUACGAUUAUCAGGAUUAGGAAAUUUUACACUUCCCUCAUUUUCCGAUUUGAUAUGUUCAAAUGUGUACAUAACCUGAAUUUUUAAAGAAAAUCUAGAAAAGUUUUCCAGUUUUAAAAUAUUUUUGUAUAAAUUUUUAAAAUAUGCCUUUCUUGCUUUAUAUGAAAUGUAAAUAAAAAUAGUUACUCGCUGUUUUUAAGUGUGUGCAAAGUUAAAUAUUUAAGUUUAUACAUAAGGUUUGCCAAAGUACAGUUUUGGCAUUAUUGGCAACACGAAAAAAAAUUUGUUAGUUUGUUUUUUUUAUUAUUGAACUUAUACGGUUAUAGUUUAUUUCCUAUAUACCACCUUGGACGUUGUAUCUUCAAUAAUAAUAAUAAUAAUAAUAACAGUAUUUGAUGUAAAUAUAAAGUAUAUAAAAUGCUUAA